UCCCACAGCUGUCAUUUCGUGGGAUCUCGCUAUUUUCCAAAAAUAAUAUAAAUACGAUAAUAGUAAUAAUUAACGAACAGCACACAAGGGCAAAAUAUGAUGAGAAGAUUACAUGAAGUACAUAAUCUGGAUCGUAUGACGCAUCAAUGUUUAUCUAAAGUGGAUAAUCUUAACGUACAUUAAAUCUCUUUAAAUAGAACAAAUGGCUGAACAUGUAAAGAAAACUGAUUUAUUUACUGCAGCCAAACAUUUAGCGGAAAGCGAAGUUGAGUUGAUAAAAGUGAUUGAAAACUCUAGCAAGUGUCAAAAAACUGCUGAGAAUAUGCCUGCAAAUAUAAAGAAAAUGAAAAAGCCUGGAAAGUCAGGAAAUAUCCGUCCAUCAGCUGCACUAUUGGCUGCUAAACGAGAAGCAGCACAGCGACAACUUCUAGUAGGAAAAAAGUCAAAUAACAAUUUUGUACAAGAUAUAUACCAGAAGGCUAUUGAUUCAUAUGAGAUAAUACAUAAGGACACUGGUCUCGUAUUUGAUCGAAGUAUGGCAGAACAUGAAUGCCUUUGGGAUCUAGAUUAUGCUGAGUGUCCAGCAAGAUUCACACAAGUACUACAGAGAUGUGAAGAGUUAGGUUUAGUGCAACGAUGUAAACUUAUCAAAGCAAGAUUAGCAACAGAGAAUGAAAUUUUGAUGAAACAUAGUCAGAAACAUAUUGAUAUUCUGAAAGCUACUGAUGGCUGUAUGGACUCUGAGAAUUUAGAACUGUUGUCGUCCAAGUACGACUCUAUUUAUGUUCAUCCAUCCACAUAUAGAUUAUCUUUAUUGGCUACGGGUUCAACAAUUAAUUUGAUAGAAAGUAUUUGCAAGGGUAAGGUACAAAAUGGCAUGGCUAUUGUUAGACCACCAGGCCAUCAUGCAAUGAAAUCAGAGUACUGUGGUUACUGCUUCUUCAACAAUGUAGCACUUGCAGCAGAGAAAGCUCUAACUUCCAAUUGGGCGAGUAAAAUUUUAAUCGUCGAUUGGGAUGUUCAUCACGGACAAGCAACACAACAAAUGUUUUACAAUGAUCCGCGUGUAGUCUAUUUUUCGAUACAUCGCUACGAAUAUGGUGAAUUCUGGCCUAACUUAAGGGAAUCUGACUUCCAUAAUGUUGGAGAGGACCUUGGAGAGGGUUUCAACUUCAAUAUACCUCUGAAUAAAACUGGCAUGACUAACGCUGAUUAUAUUGCGGUUUUUCAGCAAAUUUUAUUGCCAAUGGCUUAUGAGUUUCAACCGGAUCUGGUAAUAGUGUCAGCUGGUUACGACGCUGCUCUCGGUUGUCCAGAGGGAGAGAUGUUAGUGACUCCUGCAUGUUAUUCACACUUACUUUCAUCAUUAUUAAGCCUGGCGGCUGGAAAAGUUGCCGUCGUUCUAGAGGGCGGCUAUUGCUUGAAAUCUUUAGCUGAAGGCGCAGCACUGACUUUAAGGACUUUAUUAGGUGAUCCAUGUCCUAUUUUACAAACACUUGAUCUAUCUUCAUUGAGUAUACGUGACACUAUUUUAAAUGUAAUCUACGCACAUCGCCCAUAUUGGAAAUGUUAUCAGUACCAGGACACACAUAGUAUUAAUAUUGUAAAUUACAAUAAAGAGGAGAUAGCUAAUCAACAUGUAGUUACAGUUAUAUAUAAUAGGAGCAAUCAAAUUAAACCAGAAAAAUAUGAGACUCGAAAUUGCUAUCCUAAACAAAACAAAGAAGAUGUUGAAGUUAUAGAUAAGAAACUGGACGAAUUAAUGCAUUUUACAAAUUUAUAUAAAGCACCGCACAAAGUAUGUAUUGUCUACGAUGAGAGAAUGUUAAAACAUUGUAAUAUUUCCGACAAUUCUCAUCCAGAGAAGCCAACUCGUAUCUCUAGCAUCUAUAGAAAUCACGAAGAGUAUAAUUUACUAGAACGCUGCUAUUUAUUACAUGGAAGGUGUGCAACAAUAGAAGAACUAUCUUUGGUUCACUCAAAAGAUUACAUCGACAGUAUCAAGAGCAUAAUGACAUUAAAACUUAAAGAAUUAGACAAGGAAGCUGCUGGUUACAAUUCUGUUUAUUUUCACAAUGAAACAUGGUCAAGUGCCUGCAUAUCUGUUGGAUCCCUACUGCAAAUAGUGGAUGCGGUUUUAAACGGAGAAAGUCAAUCCGGAGUAGCUAUUGUAAGACCACCAGGACACCAUGCUGAGGAAGAUGCUGCAUGUGGUUUUUGCAUCUUUAAUAACGUGGCAGUAGCUGCAAAAUAUGCCAUACAAUUUCAUCACGUUAAAAAGGUACUGAUAGUCGAUUGGGAUGUUCAUCACGGAAACGGAACACAAGCUAUUUUCGAAGAAGAUCCGAAAGUUUUAUAUACAUCUGUCCAUCGUUAUGAUAACGGAAGCUUCUUCCCAAGUUCUAAAGAUGCUAAUUAUACGAGUGUUGGUUUAAAUGCAGGCGAAGGGUUUAACGUAAAUGUACCGUGGAACAAGAAAGGAAUGGGAGAUGUAGAGUACAUAGCAGCAUUCCAGCAAGUUAUAAUGCCUAUUGCUUAUCAAUUUAAUCCAGAGCUAGUUUUAAUCUCUGCUGGAUUUGAUGCUUGUGUAGGUGAUCCACUGGGAGGUUGCCACACAAAUCCAGAACUCUAUGGUCAUUUGACACAUUGGCUUUCAUCCUUGGCCAACGGUCGCGUAAUCCUCAGCCUUGAAGGAGGUUACAACAUCAAUUCUAUUUCUCAUGCGAUGACUAUGUGUACUAAAGCCCUUCUAGGCGAUCCUUUGCCAAUGUUGGGACCUGGUCAGGUACCCUGUACCAGCGCGAUCAAUUCCAUCAACAACGUUUUGAAAACUCAUAAAAAAUUUUGGCCCAAUUUACAAUACGGAAUGUCUUUACCAAAGGAAAAGUUACUUCCUAAACUCAAGAUGAUUUCUAAGAGAGAAUCCUCUAAGAGAGAUAAAAAGCUCGAAGAGUGCGGAAGAGACUUGGAAAAACCAAAACAAACGGAAUCGAAAAUUGCCUUAGAGGGAAUUCAAAGCGAGAAAUUGGAAUUAAGUUUGUGUAUCGAUAAGAAUUGCUUAAAUUUUGUAACGGAUGAAGAGAUUCUGAAGCUGAAAAACGAAGUAGAGAAUAUUAAAAUUAAAAAUUCUGAAAUGGAUAUAGUGAAAAAUGACGCUGACGAGGCGAGGAGAAACGUUGGAUCAAAGAAGAACAAAGCGAAAACUUUGGAUGUUUCACAGAUUAUACAAAAAUGUGUAAAGGACACAAAUCAAUCGAGAGAUAACCAGCAAGGAAGUUCUGGCACAUGUGAUGACAAUGAUGACGAAGGAGCUGGAGCACUACAACGUGAAAUACAAACUACAAAUCUUCUGGACUAUCUUUCUGAUCAUCUUCAGGCUCUGACAGCGGGAGAAAUGUUUGCGGUGGUGCCUCUGCGAGACUGUCCACAUCUAUUCAUGGUUAACGAAGUUCCUCCAAGUGGAAUCGAUAUGACUUUACCUUGCACGGAAUGUGCUAGUACUGCGGAAAAUUGGAUCUGCCUGCAAUGUUACACCGUGCACUGUGCUCGCAAUGUCAAUCAGCACGCGAUACAGCAUGCGGAAGAAUACCUGCAUCCUAUCGCACUCAGUUUCAGCGAUAUUUCCGUCUGGUGCUAUGGUUGCGAAGCAUAUAUCGAUAAUUCUCAAUUAUAUGCAGCAAGGAAUGCAGCUCAUCAAAGCAAAUUUAAUGAAGUGCUUCCCUGGACUUAUAGUGAAAGUAGUACACAUACAUCUUAAUUGAUUUUAACGCUAUUUUAACGCUAGCAAUAUUUCCCUCAGAAACUUUACAAGUAAAAAUUUAAAACAGGGAACUAUUUGAAGUUACAAUAAUUAUUAAUCUGAAAUUAUACUAAUCAAUAAUACAAUUAGAUUAGAAAUUUAAAGAUAAAAAUUAAUUUCAAGGAUUUUCAACUAAAAAUCAUGAAUUAUUAAACAAAAGAGAGAGAGAGAGGGAGAGAAAGAAAUAAUUCUGUGCUCUAUAAAAAUCCGCUUAUAUAUGUAAUGUAGUAGAUCAGGAUCAAAAACAAAAAAAAACAGAAAUAAUCAAAAAAGUGCAAAGUAUAAAUUUAUAAUAUAUGAAAUAAUUAAUGGAAUUUUAAGUAAAUACGCAAUUAUAUGAAAGCAAAGCUUUUAUUAUAAAUCCAAGAAUAAUAUUUUGUUCUCCAAGGAAACUAUAGUCUAGAGAUUGCUAAGAAAUAACCAAAUUAUAAAAAUGUCAAUAUAUUAAAAUAAUUGAUUUUAAUUAUUCUAGAAAACAUUAAUUCUAUGUUAUCCAUUAAAAAUACCUCGUAAUGACUGAUUUGUAGAAAUGGAGUCUGGGAAAAGUUCAGAUUCAGGAAUUUCAGGAUUCAUUUCAGUAAUUUUUAAAAAUUAUGGGAAAGAAAAUUAUCUUUCCCUAUUUUUUCCAUAAUUAAUUUAAUUAUUUAGUUUAUUGACUAAUAUUUUCUUCUUACUGCAAUUUUUCCAGCAUACUAUAUAUUUUUCUAUAUAGGAUAAGUAUAUUAAAGAUAUGUAACACACGCGCGCACACAUUUAUACACACAUACACACACACGCAUCACACAUUUAUACACGUCAUACACAAAGUAAAAAUUAUCAUGUUUAUAAUUAUAUUUUCGCUUUUUCUUUUAAUAUUUCAAAUACCUUAAGUACGUAGAAAAUUUUCGAAAUAAUUUAUCUCGAUUUCAUGUACAUUUUAAUAAUGCAAUGCAUAAAACUAAAA